GUUAGGAGGGAGUUGCAGGCAACAAGGAGAUUUAAACGACAAAAAGGAUAAUUUUCUUCUUUAAAUUACUAUUAUUUUGCAUCACCUUUUCUUUCCUGCCUUUCUUUUCUCUUCUCCCCUGAGGACAUCUUAUUUUAUCGUUUUUGGGGAGGGACUCUUAAGAAAUUGUGUUGCGAAUUGGGCGGCGGGGGAACGUAAUUUCCAAAAUAAGCUAUUUUUGUAGCUUUGAAAAGGAAGGAGCUUUGGAAACAGAGAAAUAUAUACCUCUGAAUGACUAUUGGUAUUAAAGGGCAAAAUAGGGGAAUUGUUCCUACGGCAGAACUGGGGACUGUGACUCUCUUCUAGCUUGUUUCUGCGAAAGAGAUUGGUCUUCUCCAGGCUUUGGAGUUAGAAGGUUCAUAUCUCUAACCUCCUGCCACCUUUUUUAAACUUUAGGGGGCUCCCGCAGAAGCUGCAAGGAGCUACGCUUCUUGCCCUCUCUCUUCCCAGGCAAGCUGGGCGGCGCUUGUGCUCUGCCCUCAACCUACAGAAACGUGUGUGCAAGAGCGAGUGAAGUUGUGCGUCUCUGUUUUCUGUUGGUCUUGCUUGUUCUUGCCCUGGGCACGAGGGGUACCCGGGUCGAUCAGUGCACACUGCUCGAGGUUGUUUGCAGACCUUCUUUACUCUCUGCUUGCCAGACUUAAUCCUUUUUUCGUCCCUCCUCCCUGUCGCUGUUGCUAUGGUGUCUGGGCUCUACAUGCUACUCUGGGCAGUGGUGACGGCAACGGCGCUGCUGAGCCGGCUGGCGGUGGCGGUGGGGCCGGUGGUGCGAUGCGAUCCGUGUGACACGCGGGCUCUGGAGCAGUGCAAGCCCAUGGUUGCGGAAUGCCCGGAGCUGGUACGCGAACCGGGCUGCGGGUGUUGCUUCACCUGCGCUUUGCAAGAAGGACAGCCGUGCGGCGUCUAUACCGAGCGCUGCGGCUCCGGGCUCAGCUGCCGGCCUCGAAGCGACGAGCCGAAACCUCUGCAGGCGCUGCUCGACGGCAAGGGGCUCUGCAUGAACGUAAGCGGCGACGCGGCGGGCGGCAGCAGCAGCAGUUCGUCCGCCGGCAACAGGGUCCGUGACUUCCUCCUGCGCGGGACCCAUGGACCAGGGAAUUCCAGUGAUUCAGAUGAAGACCAGAAUAUUAGUAGUACAGAAAAUCAGUCUGUUCCCAGCACCAACAGGAUGUUAGAUUCCAAGUCACAUGUCCAUCAGACCAAAAUAGAUGUCAUAAGGAAAGAAUAUGCCAAAAAUACCCAGCGCUACAAGUAUGAUUCACAAAGCACAGACACACAGAAUUUCUCUUCUGAAUCUAAACAGGAGACUGAAUAUAUGCAUAUGAAAAUCAAAAGUCUGGACCCUGUAGAGGAAAUAUUGGUAAGCCGAGGGUCCUUGUCGAAGAGAGAUGGAAGAUACAUUAAACAAUCUGAAGAUUCUGAAUGUUUUAAGUCCAAGAGGAUUGCAUAUUCCAAACUGUGACAAGAAGGGAUUUUAUAAGAAAAAACAGUGUCGUCCAUCCAGAGGCCGGAAGAGAGGCUAUUGCUGGUGUGUGGAUAAAUAUGGGCAGCCACUCCCUGGAUAUGAUGGGAAAGGAAAAGGAGAAGUCCAUUGUUACAAUUUAGAAAACAAAUAAGAAGAGGCCACCAACUUCCAUGGAGUCUAUAUAUGGCAUCUUUACCAGCCAGAGGCCUUGGAGUGACUGGGCUACAGCGUGGAAGGCGUUGGACUUGGGAUUCUGAGUUUGGGCCCCUGUCUAUAUUGGGGAGAGUCAAUAACUCUGGAUUCUGCAGCUGCAUCCUGCCACUGAUUCACUUUCUGCUUUCCAUAGAUUUAUAUUGGGAGCUCUGAAAUCCCAGAUAAAUCUGCACUAUUGAUCCCCAGAAUGAAUAAGAAAAGAGAAAAAAAAGGCACUUCAGGAUGGAUUCAGGGAGCAUCCACUCACUUUGUUUUUUGUUUUUUAAAUAAUGGCCUGUGACCAAUUUGAUCCCGAAAGAUAAUUAUGUUUUUAUUUUGAAGAAUUUGUAGACUUAAUUAUUGUGAAGAUACAGGUAUGACACAACCCAAGCUAAGCACUUUUGCUUAUAUGUUUAAACAUCUUCCAUUUAAAUAAAAGAAACUUAAGUUUCAAUCUUUAACCUUAAGAAAGAGCCCCAUUAAAUUCAUUGGGAACUUAUAGUUGAUAAAUGUGUAGGAUUUUGCUAUUAAUAGUGCUUAUCUUGGGCUGAAUCAAACUCAAGGGUUUAAACUAAGCUGUUUUGUUUUUAUACAGGUCUUACAAAAAUUUUAUUUCACGGGUAAAACAUGUUUUAUUAAAAGAAAAAGCUCAAAGAACUUUUAAAAGACACAUGUUUCUAUUUGGUGAUUUUUCCUGUAAAAUAUACUGUAUUAUGACUAUUCUGUUAGUCUGUAUUUAAUAUAAUUUUUUAAUAAACUAUUUAAAUGUAACAUCUACAUCAAAUGUUACCCAAUCAUUAUAGUGUAUGCUUCUAAAUUCUCUUUCCCAGAGACUUACCAAGGUCAAUGCAUGUUAAACAGACAAUUUAAAAGUGGAUCAUCCACUGUUUGUGAUUCAAUCAAUAUUUUUAAAAUUCUAGAUACAGAAAAAAGCAGUACUUUUCAGUAGUUAAAAGUGCAAUGCUCAUUAAAUUUUAAUUAGCAUUACUCAUGAAUCAUUGUCCAAUACUGAAUAACAGAAUAACAGACAAACAGAGUUGGAAGAGACCUUGAGGGUCUUCUAGUCCAACCCACCUGCUCAAGCAGAAAACCCUAUCAGGGGUAUCAAAUUUG